AUGCUCAAUCCAAAUAGUCGUGGGUCCUUCUCAGAGUUUCCUACGGGGUCUUCUGCAAAUCCUAGAAUCAAAUUGAAACCAUCAACGUUGCGGGCACCACCGCUCACGGUGUCCUCCGCCUUUUCGGCUUCCAACAGUCCUAGUGCACCUACUACCGUCGCAGAUAAGGCUGUCACACCAACAGUGUCAAAGCAGUACUAA